AUGCUCCUCCCGCUCGCCCUCAGCCUUGCCGCCACGGCGCUGGCCAAGACGGUGACGGUCGACUGGGAAAUCAACUGGGUCAACGCCGCUCCCGAUGGCUACUCGCGCCCCGUCAUCGCCGUCAACGGCCAGUGGCCGCCCCCGGUCCUGGAGGCCAAUGUCAACGACACCAUCGUCGCCACCGUCACCAACUCGCUCGGCAACGAGACGACGUCGGUCCACUGGCACGGCAUGUGGCAGCGCGGCACCCCCGAGAUGGACGGCGGCUCCGGCAUCACCCAGUGCGCCAUCCCGCCCGGCGAGACGUUCAAGUACGAGUUCACCGCCUACCCGGCCGGCACCUUCUGGUACCACUCGCACGACAUGGGCCAGUACCCGGACGGCCUGCGCGCCCCCAUGAUCGUCUACGACCCGGACUCGGACACCCAGCCCGACCCGGACGACCAGGUCGUGCUGACCGUCUCCGACUGGUACCGCGACCAGAUGCCCGGCCUGAUCCACUCCUAUCUGACCACCCCCAACUUCGACGGCCGCAUGCCCAACCCCAACUCGAGCCUGGUCGACAACCAGCAGUCGACCACCAUCAACAUCAAGCCCGGCGAGCGCAAGUACGUGCGCCUGAUCAACAUGUCCGCCCUCGCCACCUACUAUCUGCAGUUCGACUCGCACAACGUCACCGUCGUUGCGAUCGACAGCGUUGACGUCGAGCCGCAGAGCUGGGAGGCCAUUGAGAUCGUGCCCGGCCAGCGCUACGACUUUUUCAUCGACGGGCUGGAGGACCCGGACCGCAACUACGCAUUCAUCAACCAGAUGGCGGUGCUGGGCCUGCAGAACCUCAACCAGCUCGUGUACGACGACGACUUCGGCACCCCGCCACCGUUCACCCUGUCGACCGCCAGCCUCGGCUCCGACUUCAACCUGGUGCCCGUCGACGAGGAGCCGCUCCUCAGCCCCGUCGACCACACCAUCACCAUGGAGGUCAACAACCUCAACAUCGACGGCGUCGGCUACCGCAUCACCCAAGGCCCGGACCCGUACAUCUCGCCGCGCACCCCCUCCCUCUACACGGCCCUCACCACCGGCUUCAACGCCACGGACCCGGCCAUCUACGGCCAGACCAACGCCUUUGUCGUCUCGGCCGGCGACGUGGUGCAGCUCGUCGUCAACAGCAACGACCUCGUCACCACCAACAACUCGGGCCGCGGCCACCCCAUGCAUCUGCACGGCCACGUCUUCCAGGUCGCCGGCCAGCUCGCCGACCACUGGGACGGCGACGACUCGAGCUUCCCCGCCGUGCCCAUGAAGCGCGACACCACCGUGCUGUUUGCGGGGGGCAGCUUGGUCGUGCGCUUCCGCGCGGACAACCCGGGCGUGUGGAUGUUCCACUGCCACAUCGAAUGGCACCUCGACGCGGGCAUGGCGUCCACCAUCGUCGAAGCCCCGCUCGACCUGCAGCGCGAGGACAUUGUCGUUCCGCAGAACCACCUGGAUUCGUGCCGCGCCAUGAACCUGUCGACCUCGGGCAACUGCGCCGGGAACACGGUCAACUUGGCCGACACGGCGAGUUGCCAUGAGUAUGAUACCGAUCCGUGGGGUGCGCUUAUUACUGGUCCUGGUACGCCUGGAAACGGCACGAACUCGACCAUUACGUGCUAUGGCGCCGCUUGUUAG